GGCCAAAAAGAUCCGUGAAAAGUUUAACCGCUACCUGGACGUGGUGAACCGGAACAAACAGGUGGUGGAGGCCUCGUACACCGCCCACCUCACCUCGCCACUCACUGCCAUACAGGACUGCUGCUCCAUACCCACAUCUAUGAUGGAGUUUGAUGGAAACUUCAAUACCAACGUCUCUAAGACCAUCUGCUGCGACAGACUUUCCCCCAAUGUCAACAGCCGAGCGUUCAACCCUGGACGGGACCUCAACUCAGUGUUAGCAGACAACCUGAAGUCCAACCCGGGGAUAAAGUGGCAGUACUUCAGCUCAGAGGAGGGUAUCUUCACAGUCUUCCCUGCCCACAAGUUCCAGUGCAAGGGAACUUACGAGCACCGCAGCAGGCCUGUGUAUGUGUCUGCGGUGCGUCCCCAGUCUAAACACAUUGUGGUGAUGGUGGACCACGGAGCGUCUGUAACUGACACCCAGCUUCAGAUCGCCAGGGACUCGGCACUGGUCAUCCUCAACGCCGUCGAUGAACAUGACAAGAUCUCCAUUUUGUCAGUGGCAGAGACAGUUCGCACCUGCGUCCUGGACCAGUGCUAUAAGAGUCUGCUCUCUCCGGCCACCAGCGAGACCAAGAGGAAGAUGAGCACCUUCAUCUCCAACAUCAAGGCGUCUGAUGCAGCCACACAGCACGCUGCGGGCUUCCAGAAGGCCUUCCAGCUGCUCCGAAACACCAGCAGUCUCUGCAAACACAGCUCCACCACAGACAUGGUGAUCGUCUACCUGUCGUCCGGUAUCACGUCUCGAGAUUCGUCAGAGCAGGAGAAGAGAGCGACGCUCAGUGUGGUCAGAGAGGAGAACCGACACCUCAACAACUCGGUCAUGAUCCUCACAUACGCUCUCAUGAACGAGGGAGUAACAGGCCUGAAGGAGCUGGCCUUCCUGAGGGAUCUUGCAGAGCAGAAUUCGGGGAAAUAUGGCGUCGACCGAGGGUCAGGUCGAGACCGCUCAUCUGGGAUGCCCUCGUCCGGAUCGGCCUCCAUGAUACCGGUGUCGAAGGGAAGCAUGAUGGUGCUAAAUCAGCUGAGCAACCUGGAGACGACAGUGGGCCGCUUCUACAUCAAUCUGCCCAAUCGCAUGAUCGACCUGGUCCGAUUCAGCCUGCCCUACUCGGACCCCAUGGGAGACGGGUUUAUUAUGACCGUGAGUCGGCCGUGUUAUUUCGGUAACCUGCUCCUGGGCGUGGUCGGGGUGGACGUGAACCUGGCCUACAUCCUGGAGGACGUCACAUACUACCAGGACUCACUGGCUUCAUACACGUUUCUCAUUGACAACAAAGGUUACACCUUGAUGCAUCCAUCUCUCACACGGCCCUACCUGAUGACAGAGCCUCCCCUGCACACGGACAUUAUCCACUACGAGAAUAUCCCAGCAUUCCCUGUUGUGCGGCAGAACAUCCUCAGCCUCCCUUUGGGCAGUCAGGUCAUUUCUGUCCCAGUCAACUCCUCUCUGUCCUGGCACCACAACCGACUCCGGGACAACAGCAAGGACGCAUACAACGUCAGCUACGCCUGGAAACUGGUUCAGGACACGUCGUUCAUCCUGUGCAUCGUGUACGUGCAGCCGGAGAUCCCAGUGAAACAUCUGAAGAACCUGAACACAGCGCCCAGCUCCAAGCUGCUGUAUCAUCGCUUAGACCUGCUGGCUCAGCCCAGCUCCUGCCUGCACUUCAAACAGCUUGCCACAGUUGAGUCUCCCACGGUGAUGUUGGCAGCUGGAAGUUUCUCCUCUCCGUACGAGCACCUCAGUCAGCCGGAAACAAAGCGCAUGGUGGAGCACUACACCGCCUACCUGAGUGAUAACACCAGGCUCAUAGCCAACCCAGGCCUCAAGUCCUCUGUCAGGAACGAGGUUAUGGCGACCAGUCACGUCACGGAUGAGUGGAUGACACUAAUGGAAAUGAGUAGCCUCAACUGCUACAUUGUGCGCCGUUACAUAGCAACGCCCAGUGGGGUGCUCCGGAUUUACCCAGGAUCACUGAUGGACAAAGCCUUCGACCCGACCCGCAGACAAUGGUACCAGCAUGCUGUGGCUAACCCUGGCCUCGUCACCUUCACGGGACCCUACCUGGAUGUGGGGGGGGCGGGCUACGUUGUCACUAUCAGUCACACCAUCCAUGCCUCCAGCUCUCAGAUGGCUCCUGGGUAUGCAGUUGCAGUGAUGGGCAUAGACUUCACUCUCCGCUACUUCUAUAAGGUCUUACUGGACCUGCUGCCAGUCUGCAACCAGGACAAGGGCAACAAGAUCAGGUGCUUCAUAAUGGAGGACAGAGGGUACCUGGUGGCUCACCCCACUCUCAUUGACCCCAAAGGUCACGCCCCCGCAGAGCAGCAGCACAUUACACACAAGGAGCCGUUGGUGGCUAACGACAUCCUGAACCAUCCCAACUUCGUGAAGAAAAACCUGUGCAACAGUUUCAGUGACCGCACCGUGCAGCGCUUCUACAAGUUCAACACCAGCAUCACGGGGGACCUUACGAACCUGGUCCAUGGGAGCCAUUGUUCUAAGUACCGUCUGACCCGAAUCCCCGGCACCAACGCCUUUGCUGGCAUCGUCAACGAGACGUGUGAUUCUCUGGCGUUCUGUGCCUGCAGCACCGUGGACCGCCUCUGUCUCAACUGCCACAGAAUGGAGCAGAAUGAAUGUGAGUGUCCAUGUGAGUGCCCCCUGGAGGUCAAUGAGUGUACUGGUAACCUCACCAAUGCUGAAAACAGGAACCCCAGCUGUGAGGUGCACCACGAGCCAGUCAGUCUGAAUGUGAUUGAUCCCAGUCUGCAUGAGACGCUGCCUCAGUGCAUCAACACUCGCUGUAGCCAGAGAUACACUAGCAGUGAUUGCUUCGGCGUUUUGGACUGUGAGUGGUGCAUGGUGGACAGUGAUGGUAAGACGCAUAUCGACAAGCCGUACUGUGCCCUGCAGAAGGAAUGUUUCGGGGGAAUCGUCGGCGCCAAGAGUCCCUACGCAGAUGGCAUGGGAAUGAUAGAUGAGGAGGUGGCCUCUUUGAACAUGAUCAAGAGCGCCCCUGUGGGUCCAGUUGCCGGGGGCAUUAUGGGAUGCAUCAUGGUGUUGGUGCUGGCUGUGUAUGCAUACAGACACCAGAUCCACAGGCGGUCGCACCAGCACAUGUCACCACUCGCAGCACAAGAAAUGUCAGUGAGAAUGUCCAACCUGGAUAAUGAAAGAGAUGAAAGAGAUGAAGACAGCCAUGAGGACAGAGGAAUUAUCAGUAAUACUCGAUUCAUCGCUGCGGUAAUCGAGCGACACACUCACACGCCAGAGCGGAGACGGAGGUACUGGGGUCGAUCUGGGACAGAGAGCGACCACGGCUACAGCACCAUGAGUCCGCAGGAGGACAGUGAGAAUCCACCUGGGAACAACGACCCGCUCUCGGCAGGUGUGGACGUCGGUAACCACGACGACGACCUCGACCUAGACACGCCACCUCAGACGGCGGCGUUGCUCAGCCACAAGUUUCACCCUUACCGGCACACGCACACACACCACUACCCGCUGCACACGCACACACACCACCUGCAGGCGGCAGUCACCGUGCACAGUGUGGACGCAGAGUGCUGAUCCUGCUGGGAAGGGACAUUUUUGUAUUAAAGACUAUUUUUAAGAAAAACAUUAGUGCUUGAAUAGACAGCACGCAGUAGGUACUGUCAGGAUGGACGGAGGGAGAGAGAAGCUGGACUCGCAGCGUCUAUGGAUCGCUGGGAUCUCUGCCAUGAAUGGAUGUUUAGCGUGUAAUGGGUGUAAGCCUCAUGGUCUCAUCUCAACUUCUUUUUUUCAACCCAGUCCAAGAUCUGGUUAGUGUACACAGCCUAACUCACAAAUGACCAGAACUGGGCUGGUAAAAAUACCCAAACUGGAAUCUUUGUGUGUUUUCUGAAGGGAUUUGCCAUUCAGGAAACAACUGGAACCUAACAUCCUUGAGGGAGUACAGAGUUCUUCAUUUUCAAGCCAGAGCAAAGACUGUAUAGGACUAGAGGAGAAUCCAAUUAACAAAUGAAAUCUUGAUGCUGAUUGAACUCUUUAUCCCGAAUGCUUAAUUCCCGCCUCGCCCCUAAGUCUACUUGUGGUGAAAACGUCUCAGAUGAAGAGUACAAAUCCUGUAUUUUUGCAAAGACUGGGAUCUAAUAUGAGAUUCUAUUAUGGAUAAUAUUGCAGUUUUACUCUCCCAUUGUCACUCAACAGUUGGUUUUCUUUAAAGAUUAAUAAUGAGUCUCUGUGAAGUCCAGAAAAAAAAAACUUCAAUGAUUCAAAUGAAUACAAGAAGGAAAACAAAUUAAGAGGAAAAAAAUAUUUUUCUACUAUUUAUUAAGGAGCUACAUUUUCAAUGACAGAUGAGUAAGCAGCUGCAGAUAACAAACAAGAAAGAUAAGUGAUGCUUAUCAACCCACUUCCUAUAAACAAUGCAUCAUAGUUAGGGCUCAUUAGUUUAUCCUUGCAUUUCCCUAAAAGCACGUGGCUUGCUUUUUAUUUUUAUUUGGACAUUAUAGAAUAUCAGACGGUUUGAAAACAUGUUUUGUUUCUUUAUUUUUCACAGGACCCUGGCGCAUAAUCAGAAGCGCAUUUGGAAUCUAUUACAAUUUCUCUCUUAACUUUCUUUUCCUAAAGGCAUAUUCUGAGCUAUCCUCUCCACCAGAUGAUCCCAUUUACUAUUUGGUGUUGUGCCUAGGUUUUCUUUAAGCAGGGAACUUUUUGGAUGAGCAGGUAUCUAAAAUCUAAAUCAGAUAUUCUCCUUAUAACAAAAAACUGGUAUUCAUUUUUAAAUUGGUAAAA